AUGGCUGAGGACCUCGCCGAAUGGAUGUCUCAUGCCUUCCCGGAUGUUGUCGGCGAUCUGAAAGGCGAAAAUUUCUUUGACAAAAUCUCUGACGGCACACUGUUGUGCCACUUGGCAACUCAGGUACACAACCGCAUGACUGAGAGCAGCUCUGACGCCACGCAGAGUGACAAACCGCGACUGCACGGGGGUUUCCCGACUCAAUCCUCUUCGAGACGGAGGAUCUGGUAUCGAGAAAUUGUCUGCACAGCGUCAUUGUCUGAAGUGGCUCGCCUUGGCGGCAAAUUCGGAAUGGAGGUGCCGGAGAUAGUCAAGCUCGAGAAGCAGAUCGAUAUCGAAUUGGCUGCCGAGCAUCCUGGUGUCCCCAAACGAGGAGAACAGGCCAAGCUCAAAAAUAGAAGUCCGCUUACUAGGAUGCCUUCUGUGGCCGAAAUGGUGGAAAAUAUUAUGGCUGAAUGCACUUGUAAUCCACGCUUCUCCAUGGUCCGUCUGAGUAACGGCCGUUAUCGUUUGGCGGACAAAAACAAGCCAAUAUUUGUUCGACUCCUUCGGGGUCACGCCAUGGUGCGUGUCGACGGUGGCUGGGAUACACUAGCUCACUUUCUACAAGAAUACGAUACGUGCAGAAAGGGUAAGCCUGAGGCUUGCCCUGCGGGUCAGAGCACUGCUCAUUGUACGACGGAUCCCUUGCAGCUGGAACCGCCCAAAGGGUUCAAGCCCCAGGUGCUAGAUCCGGAACCAGCCGAUCUCAAACCGACUCCUACUGCCUAUCUGGCUGACUUGAGCAAGAACCGUGCAAUCCUUCAGGAUGAAGACUCUUUCAAGGUGAGAACCUAUUGA